AUGGAAGCAGAGGGCACGCAAGAGGAAUCACCCAUUCCGAGAAGACGGAAUGACACAGUCAUCUAUUCUCGUGGCAGACAAUCUCGCCGAACGGCGAGAGGUCGUGAGGACGGAGAAGGGAAAUCCGAGAGAACACGACAACCUGUGAUAAUGGGUGUCACGCCGUUCCACCGAUGUAUCCUCGAGGUCCGGUUGCCGAAACACUUCGACAAACCAACGGACAUGAGAUAUGACGGAACUCAAGACCCUCUAGAACAUCUCACGGCCUUCGAGGCUAGGAUGAACCUAGAGGGAGUAGGCGACGAAGUAAGGUGCCGCGCCUUCCCGGUAACCUUAGCAGGACCAGCGAUCAGAUGGUUUAAUGGCCUCCCCCAAGGUUCCAUCUACAGUUUCUCAGAUAUCAGCCGCGCAUUUCUGGCUCAAUUCACAACGCGAAUAGCGAAGGCCAAGCAUCCUAUCAACCUCCUCGGGGUAACCCAGAGACAGGGAGAGCCGACCAGGAGAUACUUAGAUCGGUUCAACGACGAAUGCUUGGAAAUAGACGGCUUGACCGACUCGGUGGCCAGUCUCUGCCUGACGAACGGCCUCCUCAACGAGAACUUCCGGAAACACCUUACCACGAAGCCGGUUUGGACGAUGCAUGAAAUCCAAACGGUGGCCAAAGAGUACAUAAACGACGAGGAGGUCAGCCGAGUCGUGGCUGCCAAUAAGCGGCAGUCCGGUUACGGCCAGGCUCGGCAGUCCGGUGGCGACGGGGAGAGCAAAAGAAAAGUCUAUCAACAAAUAGCUGAGAAGGGAAUUCUUCCGAAGCCCCGACCACUAAAGGAUCGCACAGGCGGAAACAAGAACCUUUAUUGUGACUACCAUAAGGGAUAUGGCCAUCAAACACAGGACUAUUUCGACCUGAAGGAUGCAUUGGAACAGGCGAUAAGGGAAGGAAAGCUAGCAGCGUUCUCCCACCUCAUCAGGGAGCCGAGAAGGCGUUAUCGUGAUCAGGACGAGGAAGACAAGACACGCUCGGCCAAACGGCGGCCGGAGCCCGAAGACAGAGACCACGGCCUCACGGUAAUAAAUGUGGUAACGGCAAAAAACGCUGCACCAAAAUCCCGGUCGGCACACAAGAAAGACGCCAAGGUUCUGGCGAUCUCAUCUCCACCUGUGCAGAGUACCAAAAAACCUCCGUCCAUUUCUUUCGGCCCAGAAGAUCAAUGGUUCAGCGACGCCCCGGAAAACCCUCCCAUGGUCAUAACGGCCAGAGUGGGAACCGGCCUCGUCAAACGGAUCCUUGUCGACACUGGGGCUGAUUCAAACAUCAUGUUCCGCAAUGUGUUCGACGCACUGGGGCUGAAGGAUGCCGACCUGACGACCCACCAGCACGGGGUUAUCGGGGGCGACAUAUCAGAGGCUGAUGAACAGGAUAUUCCGCGACCUCAUAGGGAAAACGGUCGAAGUUUACGUGGACGACAUCCUGGCAAAAACAACACGACCUGA